ACAAAAAACUCAAAACAGCCAUGGCUAAUAAAAUGGUCGGGAAGGGUAAAUUGCCAGUCGAAUCGGAAGAUGCCCAAAAGCUUAGAUUUCAGGUGGAGCUAGAGUUUGUACAAUGUUUGGCCAAUCCCAAUUAUUUGCAUUUUUUAGCACAACGAGGAUACUUUAAGGAUGCCGCCUUUGUAAACUACUUAAAAUAUCUACUGUACUGGAAGGAGCCCGAGUACGCGAAAUACCUCAAGUUCCCGAUGUGUCUGUACUUCCUCGAUCUGCUGCAAUAUGAACACUUUCGGCGUGAAAUCGUCAGUGCGCAGUGCUGUAAAUUUAUCGACGAUCAAGCGAUCUUGCUGUGGCAGCAUUAUACCCGUCGGCGCACAAGGCUUACCGCGCUCGGUACUACCAGUCUGACGGGAUUGGCCGUUGGUGGACAGCCGGUUGGUGGUGGUGUACAGGGUACGCUACUCUCGAACGAGCCCGCCAUUAUGCCGAACAGUGGUAGUAACAACAACAAUGGUAGCAAUAAUGGCAGCACGAUCAGUAACAACGGUGCCAACAGCGGUCUCGGUAGCAUCGGUAGCAAUAAUAAUGGUAGCAGUGGCAGCAACAGCAACAAUGGUCCAAACAGUGGCAACGUGAAUGUGCCAACAUCGGUCGUAGGCCAACAGCAGCAGCAGCAACAGCAAAAUGGUGCUGGAAUCACGCAGCACAACGGUGUCGGAGGUGGAGGAGGAGGAGGAGGAGGAGCCGGCGGUGGUGGCGGACUGCUGGGUAAUCCGAUGGGUACGAUUGGCGGUGGAAACGGUAUGCCGGGCGGUGGCAUCAAUCAAAAAGUUCCUUAA